CGCCUUCUGUCCUCGCCGUCGCCGUCGCAGGAGCAGGAGCAGGGGCAGGGGCAGGGGCGUGCGCUGCUCAUCAGGCAGGCUCUUCCUCUCCUUUUUUAGAGAGAGAGAGAGAGAGAGAGGGAGAGAGAGCGCGAGCGCGCGCAGAGGAGAGAGAAGCACACCACGCCGCGCACGCACCAGCAGCCACGACCACGACUCCACGAGGAGGGAGGAGGAAGGACACCGUCGCCUCCUGUCCUGGUUGGUUCGUCUCGUCAGUCCACAGUCGUCACCGCCUCCCGCAGCCAACCGGCGGGCAUUCCUGUCCUGGAUGCGACAAGGCCAAGGUAGCGGAAAGCCCUCCGGCUCUUUUCAAGGGUCGUAGGCCGCGCACGCCCUGCAGCAGCAGCAGCUGCUGCCGCCGCCUCGGGGCGCGUGUCGAGAGGAGGAAGAAGAAGAAGAAGAAGAAGAAGAAGAAGAAGAAGAAGAAGAAGAAGAAGAAGAAGAAGAAGAAGAAGAAGAAGAAGAAGAAGAAGAAACAAGGAUCGCCUUCUUCUUCUUAACCACCACCACCGCCGCCGCCGCCACCAAGUGCUCAGUAGCAGAGCAAGGAGGGGGAUCAGCGUCGCGAGAUUCGGCACUCAGGAGGAACAACUGACGCCGAUUUCUAGAACGCACGAGAUGGGGGCGAGCAUCCGACUUGGCUGGUCCUCGUCGGAUCCGCUCGUACUCAUGGUAAAUGUGCGUUAGGAGCUACAGCAGCAAUGGCAUCGCUGGUACCCGGGGUCCUCCUGAAGCUGCUCCAGCACAUGAACAGCGACGUCAAGGUGGGCGGCGAGCACCGGUCGUCCCUGCUCCAGGUCGUCAGCAUCGUCCCGGCCCUCGCGGGGAGCGACCUCUUCACCAACCAGGGGUUCUACCUCAAGGUGUCUGACUCGUCGCACGCGACCUACGUGUCCCUGCCCGACGAGCAGCACGACCUCAUCUUGAGCGACACCAUCCAGCUGGGGCAGUUCAUCCACGUCGACCGUCUCGAGGCGGCCACUCCCGUGCCCAUCCUCAGGGGAGUCAGGCCGGUUCCAGGCCGGCAUGCCUGCGUCGGCAACCCGGAGGAUCUUGUGGUGACUAGCUCCUCUAGCUUUCUUGGCAGCGGCAGCAAGGCACAACCGUCCGUCAAUGGUGGUGGUUCGAAGGAUGCUGCCGGUGCUUUGUCGCUGGAGAAAGAGCAGAGCAAGUUGGAGAAGAUCAAUGCUUCUGUCAAGAGCAAUGGAACAGACAGUAAGAAACCCCAGCUCACCAAGUCAAAUUCUAACCUCUCAAAACAGGCACUCAAUGGACUUUUGGACAAGAAGGACGUAGUUAGCUCAAAGGCAAAAUCAACCAGCGCUAGGUCGACGCCUUCAUCUCCGACCAGUGUCCAUUCUCUGCCUGCGUCAUUUGAUAAACUCUCGAAUGACAUAAAACAGAGAGUAAAAACCAAAGGAGCAGAGAAAUCGUCGCCGUCAAGGCUGUCCUUGUUGGAAAAGGCUGCUUCUGUUUUGAAGGCUACUACGGCAGGGAGGAAGUCCUCUGUGGGUAACUCAAUUAGUAACACCUUAUUGAGCUUUGAAUCUGGGCCGAAGGCCUUGAGAAGAAGCUGGGAAGGGAAAGCAGAUACAAAGGACAAAGGAAAUUCAGAUUCAAAGCCUGCCAAAGCCGAAAAGAAGUCUGAGAAUCGAAGCUCUUCGACCCCCAGACGAAAACCACUAGCAGAAGAGAAGCCAUUGCAUAAGGAUGACAGUAAGAUUCUGACUCCACCCAGGAAGAGCUCAGCAAGUGCUCCUGCAGACGAUUCUGACAAAGUUGUGAAUAAGAUUUCUUCUCCUAUAAGGAGGACGUCAGGGGUUUUAAAUAACCCGAAUACCACAAAUCUAGUUAAGGUUGCUGCAAGUAGCAGGAAAUUGACAGAUGCUAGCGCUUCAUGGACAACGCUUCCUCCAUCACUUGCUAAACUAGGAAAGGAGCUUCUGAAGUACAGGGAUGCAGCACAAAUGGCUGCUGUUGAAGCCAUGCAAGAAGCCUCUGCGGCAGAGAGCCUUCUUCGAUGUUUAAGCUCGUACGCGGAGGUGAGCUCGUCGGCGGAGGAGCAGAACCCACAGCAGGCCGUUGAGCAGUUCCUCGCUCUGCAUGGAGCUCUCUCCCGAGCCACCAUCGUUACGGAGUCUCUAACCAAGGCCACGGCCACGGCCUCCACCGCAACUUCACCAGAUCAAUCAGCAGCCAGCGACGCAUCAACCGCCGACGAGGAAACCCUGGCCGUCGCGGCGGAGCGCCGCCGCCGGGCAGCCUCCUGGGUCGGUGCCGGGCUCGCCACCGAUCUCUCCGCCUUCUCCCUCUACAACCUCAAACCCGCCCCUGCCAGUGCCAUCUCCCCGCUGGCCGUCGUGCUCGUGGACGAGUCAGCCAAGCCAGCGGCGAAGGCAUCGCCGCCCGCGAAGUCGCGGCUGUCCCCGGCGAAGGGGAGGCUGAGGGCUGGUUCCGCUGCCGCCGCGGCCGCGGCCGCCGCCGCUGCGGCGGCUGCAGUGCCUCCGCCUGAGUGGGAGCGGGGAGGCGGCGCGGAGGAGCGGGGCGAGCUAGCGCGGCGGCUCGGGGAGGAAGCGCGGGGAUGGUUCCUGGCGUUCGUGGAGCGGUUCCUGGAUGCGGACGUGGCGGCGGCCGCGCCGUGGGACCGCGACCGCGCGGCGAGGAUGCUUCCGCAGCUGAAGCGCGUCAACGACUGGCUGAGCGAGAUCGGGAAGCCGGCGGAGAUGGCGCCGCAUCCGCCCCCGGAAGCGGACGGCGAGGCCGCGGCACCCACUGCGAACGGCGGCGCGGCCAGCGGCGUGCCGGAGGAGACGAUAGAGCGGCUGAGGAAGAAGAUCUACGAGUACCUCCUCACCAACGUGGACUCUGCUGCCGCCGUGCUCGGCGGCGGCGAGGUGGCGCCGGCACCGGUGGCGAACGGGAAGAAGGGGUGACGGUGGUGACAUGAGGAAGGGUUAAUUGGGCCGUUAACUUGGCCAAAUUAUGGGCCGGUCUGGAUUCAAAUGUAAAAAUGGGCUGGAUUGAGAUUGUAGUGGUUGUUUUGGUACUCCCCCCCCCCCCCCUGGUGUUUCCUUACAGAAAAGAAAAAUGGGUGGGCCUGAUUGGAUCCAUAUAAACAUCAAAGGCUAAUUGUAUAAAGGGGAAUAUAUAUAUAUAUCAUGGUAUGCCUAGUAAACCUCUUCUAGUAGUUA